ACAUCGAGGAAACUUAUCAUAAAUUACAGGCCAAAUACUUAUUUUCACUGCAAAAAUCAGAUUAAAGCAUAUAUUCUUAAUGAAAGAACUUUAAAAUUGUUAAUCAAAUACGAAACGUUAAUUUAUUAAGGGUUCAUACUGUGAAUGAAAAUAAUUUACGCAUUUUUUAAAAAAAGUAUAAAAUUUCGGCUUUUGAAGUGUCAGAGAUUAUAGUCAUUUGGUUUGAAAGAUAAGAUUAGAUACUUAAAAUGAAAUGAAGUAUCUACUGUAUCAUUGGACGUCCACAGUAGCAUCCCGCAUAAGAUAACUAUGGCGAAAUUUGUGAUCGGUUUCGUGGUGCUUGUCGGAUUCCUGACAUUAUUUUCGGUGGACGAGGUGUUUGCUGUCAAAUGCUACACCAUACCAAAGCCUGAGUGCCAGGAUCUCUUUAAAAAGGAUGGCGUUACAGAGAUGGAAUGUCCCAUGGGAUGGAUGGGAGCUUUCGGAAAAUACAAUAAUGGAACCCAUGGGCUGUGGAGAGGAUGUUCGGAAACAGCGGGUAACAAAUAUGAGGAAAAGGCCGAGGUUGUUAUCAUCGGCAGUGUGUGUACAUGUGAACAGGAGCGCUCCAACUCCACUGAAGGCCACAUGCGAUCAUUGGUUGUGGCGGCCAGUGUCGCUACCAUAUUAACGGUUCUGCGCGAGUUUUAAUUCCAGUUUCUCCAUGACGUCAUUUUCUGCAUUGUGUUUCAACAGCCAGAGGGUUAAGCUCCAAGCCUCUUCUAAGUGUUAAAAUUAUGAUAUUGUUAUUUAAUUUUUUAUGAAUGUUCUUGUCACGAUAAACAAGAUAUAUUUUAGUCAUGAGACAGGAAUAUAUUCCUCUUUCAAGUGCAGUAUUGGUUGAAACAAUCGCCAAUUAAGUGUCCAUUACAAACACAAUCAGGAAUUGAUUGUUUAACAAGAACGUACUCAUCAUCAUUCUACGAAAACAGGAAAUAAUUUUAUUGUAUCAGAAGUGGUAUGAUGUAAAACCCCUUAAGAUAUGGGUUUUUGUUGUGUUAAAAGCUGGCUCUCGGUCAUGAUAGUUUACGAUAAAUCGUGAAAGUGUUAAGGAAACACGCCAUAUACUCUUCCAAUAAACCAUACGUCUCGA